CACAUCAAGCAUUGGAGUGCAAGUUACUCAGUCACUUUCUCAGAACUUCUUCCUGCAGUCUUUUGGCAUCAGCCAAACUUUUCUCUUCUCUUCUUCACCCUCUUAAUUUCAACGCUUUGACUCGUCAUGAAGAUUGAAUGGGCGUCCAACUUUCGUAGCGAUGGAAGUAGACGGCGCCCGCCGCCCUCGACGAUGCAUGGGUGGCUGGCCAAGAUGCGAGGCACGCUGCUGGGCGACGAGGACCUCCGAUCUAAGGGCAUGCGGGAGAUGAGAGACGCCAAGAGUUUCAAGCAGAACAAGAGCAAGAAGAUUCCUCAACGCAAGGCAUCGCGCGACAAGGAACCUUCUGCUCUGUUCGGUUCUCUCCACCCCAAACCCAAGCCUCGACCCACUGCUGGACAGACGAGGAAGCCAUCUGGUAGGAGCGCCGACACGCGAUCUCCCCGCCCUCGGCAACCGGCACCGCCGCCCCGUAGAUUAACCCAGCCAGCAACCACGAGGCGCAGGCCAUCACAGCAGCCGGCACCUCGUAGAAGGCACACAACGCGAUGAGCGCGUCAAGCAGAUUUCAUCUGAUACACGUGUUAAACGAUUUGUAAUGUUUUCGAAUUUGUAUAGUUGGACGAAUAAUAUUCUUUAUGACUGUAGUUGUGUCCUGUCCAUGUUCCAAUCAGCGCCCAAGAAGCAGUUCAUCAUGAUGUUGGACCGUCAUCCUGUGGAACAGCCAGUAGGCUUU